AUGAGGGAAAUAGUUCAUAUACAGGCUGGCCAAUGUGGCAAUCAAAUUGGUGCUAAGUUCUGGGAGGUAAUUUCCGACGAGCAUGGUAUUGAUCCCACUGGAACGUACCACGGAGACUCCGAUCUGCAACUGGAGCGCAUCAAUGUAUACUACAAUGAAGCAACAGGCGGCAAAUACGUGCCAAGAGCGAUCCUCGUCGAUCUUGAACCUGGAACUAUGGAUUCCGUACGCUCAGGCCCCUUCGGACAAAUCUUCCGACCUGACAACUUCGUCUUCGGGCAGUCGGGCGCCGGCAACAACUGGGCUAAAGGCCAUUACACAGAAGGUGCAGAACUAGUAGACUCUGUCCUUGAUGUGGUCAGAAAGGAGGCGGAAGGAUGCGACUGUCUUCAAGGCUUUCAGUUGACACACUCUCUCGGAGGUGGCACAGGAGCCGGCUUGGGAACACUUCUCAUCUCAAAGAUUCGAGAGGAGUAUCCCGAUCGUAUUAUGAAUACUUUUAGUGUGGUACCCUCGCCCAAAGUAUCCGACACUGUAGUCGAACCCUACAAUGCCACCUUGUCUGUGCAUCAGCUAGUAGAAAACACUGAUGAAUCUUAUUGCAUUGACAACGAGGCACUUUACGAUAUUUGUUUCCGUACUCUGAAGUUGACCACACCGACCUAUGGGGAUUUGAAUCAUCUGGUAUCAGCGACAAUGUCGGGCGUCACCACUUGUCUUAGGUUCCCUGGUCAACUGAACGCUGAUCUGAGGAAACUCGCUGUAAACAUGGUUCCAUUCCCUCGUCUGCACUUUUUCAUCCCUGGGUUUGCGCCAUUGACGUCUAGAGGAAGCCAGCAGUACCGAGCUCUGACCGUGCCGGAGUUGACACAACAGAUGUUUGAUGCUAAGAAUAUGAUGGCUGCGUGUGACCCUCGCCACGGAAGAUAUUUAACUGUCGCAGCUGUGUUCAGAGGUCGUAUGUCAAUGAAAGAGGUAGAUGAGCAGAUGAUGAACAUUCAGAACAAGAAUUCUUCGUACUUCGUGGAGUGGAUUCCUAAUAACGUGAAGACUGCAGUGUGCGACAUCCCACCCCGAGGUUUGAAAAUGUCUGCGACAUUCAUUGGUAACUCAACAGCUAUCCAGGAGUUGUUCAAGCGUAUUUCUGAACAGUUCACUGCGAUGUUUAGACGUAAGGCGUUCUUGCAUUGGUAUACUGGUGAGGGGAUGGAUGAGAUGGAGUUCACGGAGGCUGAGAGUAACAUGAAUGACUUGGUGUCUGAAUAUCAGCAGUACCAGGAUGCCACCGCUGAGGAGGAGGGUGAAUUUGAUGAAGAAGAGGAAGGUGGUGAUGAAGGAGACUAG